AUGGCAUCCGUCAAAUGGCCAAUGCUCAAUUUACACCUCUGGAGCUCAUUGCUGGAUGUCUCGAUCAGUUUGCUUACCACUCCGUACGUUUUGUUUCCCGUCGCGGUCGGAGUUCCGUAUGGAUUGAUGGAAUCGGUCGGCAUAAAGACACAAUAUCAAGUUCAUUGGGUCGUCACAGUCGUUGGAUGUUAGUGCUACUUCACCCGAACAGUGUUAACGCCAACGAUUUCAGUGGUGACCACUGCAACUCUCACAGUAUUCGAGAAUCGUUUUCACAUCUUGACAGCCGGAAAAACUGUUUGGAGUCGUCACCGAAUCGCAGUAUUAUCCAUACUUUACUCCUUCAUGGCCACUUUUCUGCUGCCGUUCACUCUCAGCAUUCCAGAUCAAAAUGUUGCUGUUAAAAUAGCAUUGAAUGUAAGUUUUCCGACAAAAAUGGCAAAGACGAGAAGUUAAAACCAUGAAUGAGUUUGCAGAAACUUCCAUGCCUCCCACCAGAAGUCUACAAAUUGAAAAUGUUCGUUUACUCCCUCAACAUUCUGCCUUUAUUAUGCAUCGUCAUCGCCCUUUUCCUACUCCACGUCUUUGUCAUUUUCAGUUUUGCCGGUCUAUGCAUCAAAACCUUGUUGCGAAAAAGUACGCGGCUAUCGAAGAAGACGUUGACUCUUCAGAGAAAGUUCCUCUACGCGUUGAUCACUCAGACGUCCGUUCCGGUUCUCUUACUGUUCUGUCCGAUUGGCUACAUCGCAACGUCCGCCGCAAGAGGCUAUCACAAUCAGGGGCUCAACAACUUCAUGUUCAUUGUAUUCUCGUUCCACGGAGUCGUCACCACACUCACAAUGCUCCUCUCGCAUCCCCGUUAUCGAUCCGCAACGCUUUCCAUUUUCGGCUGCUCGCCCUAUUGCAAAUUCCAAUCAAUUCUAGUACUUUCUUCAAGUGUAUAAAGCGAACAUUUCUAUUGUACACGUAUGUUUUUAAGUAGUCCCUUCGUUCCCAUAAAAGUGAGCUCGCGUGUCCCUCCUCCGCGCAUCAGAGGAUGAUGAUUCGAUUAUGAGACUCGCCUUUAAAACCCUGUCCAGUGGCCAUUCUCCGCACAAACAGUCAAUGUUUCAGUCCGUUCCCUUACUUCUUCUCGCUCUUCUCUGUCUUGAAGGCUCCGUCGAAGCUGGCGAUGGAUCGGAAGUCAUCGUGAAGGAGUUCAUAGCCACCUUCCAUAAAGUUGUCAAAUCGAGGGACAAGGAUUCGAUCGGCGCACUCUUCGACGAUGACUAUUUUCUGCAUGGGUGCAAGAUAAACCGUACUAAAGGUGAGUUUCUUGAGUUUCUCCGUUUCUCAACAAUCAAACACAUCCGCCAACGUUUGCAGAUGAACAAGUACAGUUUCUGAGCUCGUUGUUUUCCGAUUUUUCGGUCGAUCUCGAUUUCAAGAUAUGUCACUUCAUGCGCGACAGCAAGGACAUCAAAGUCUACACGAAAAUCAAUAAAGAAGGGCCAAAAGCCGAGUACAUGCUCGUGUUGCACUUUUCGGCGGACAAGUACCGACUGAAGAGUGCCACCGAGUGGUGUGGCAACAGCAUCCGAUCUUUUGUGGACGUCGUCCCUCCGCAUAACAAAUACGUCUUUGAGAUUAUUUCUGCUUACGUGAGGACACUUGUACAAGCGGUCGACGAGAGGAACUCGGCGAUGAUUUCCUCAUUUCUUUCGAGAAACUUUGUAUUACAACUUUGCGCCGACAAGUACACCAAGCGUCAAAUCAUCGCAUUUCUCGUCAGUUUACCCAAAUUCACUCGCUACUCGGUCGACCUCAUUUCUGCCGAAUUCGUCGACGACACGCACCGUUCCAUCGUUUUCACCGUUGAGAUUUAUGAUUACGGACAAGAGUUGACCGCUGAGUUUACUACCAAAAUUGAGAACAACAAUAUUAUCAUCGUAUCUGCUCGUUCGUUGGACUGCAUGUAUUGA